AUGGCGUCUCCGAUUUCAAUCAUGCCCAGGUUACUUCCAAUCACAGGUACAUGGGCUGCACCCUUCGCCGUCUACGCCGCCGUCCUCUCCUCCCGCAUUGUCGCCAAACGCAUGCAGACUGGGAAAUUCAUCGGCGAGAAAGCCUCCAGCAUCGACGGUGUUGACCCCCUCCAGACAGCAGUCCGCUGCCAAGGAAACUUCCUCGAGAACGUCCCCCUUGCUUUCAUCUUCCUCGCGCUCUGCGAGCUCAACGGCGGCAACCGGAAGAACCUCAAUUAUGCCAUGGGUGUCUUCCUUGCUUUGCGUGUUGCGCAUGCGGAGGGUGGCCUCAUGCUGCAAGGCUCGUAUGGUACCAAUGGAGUUGGACGGCCAAUUGGCUACUUUGGUAGUACUGGUGUGGUAACCGGAUUGGCGGCCUAUGCUGCUUACUUGGUCAAGGGAUACUGGGGCUUUUAG